AUGCCCUGUCCUCGGCUUCACUGGUUCCGCCGCCACCGAGCCUCCCAGGGCUCAAGCCCGGGCUCCCCAGGUACCCUCUCUGCACCCACAUCCCCUAGCAGAGGCGAAAACGAGGACGCAGAAGAGGAAGAGGGCGAUGGCAACCCGGGCGACAGCCCCAUCCUGCCCCCUGCAUCCCCUAUGGAAUGCCUUAUCUGCGUGUCACCCUUCGACGGCGUUUUCAAGCUACCAAAACGCCUGGACUGCGGCCACGUCUUCUGUCUCGAGUGCCUGGCCCGCCUAUCCCUGGCUACGGCGGGGGGCGGUGACGCAGUGGCUUGCCCCAUGUGCCGUGCGCCCACACGCUUGGCCCCGCGCCGGGGGCUUCCCGCUCUACCCACGCAGCCAAGCCUGCUGCCUCGCGACGCGCGCGUGGCACCCCCGCGCCAGGGCUCCGUGCGGUUCGACCGCCGUCGAGGGCUCCUGUACCUGCGGCCGCCGCCGCCGUCUCCGGGACCACGCAAGAGCCGCACAGCGCGUGCCCCGCCGCCUCCACCCCCGCUGCGCCUCGGCCGCCCGCUGUCGCGUCGCCUGUCCAUGAGCAGCCCUACAUGGGCCUUCAACGCGGCUGUGGCUCUGGCCGUGCUGGUGGCCGCGGGCCUCGUUGUCUCUGGCGUCUACAUCUUCUUCCUCAUCCCUCACGUCACGACCUCCGGCCUUGGGCGGCCUCAGGUCGUAGCUCUGGCCCCCGAUCCUAGCUUCUGGCAACCGCCGCGGCCCACACCAAUAGCACCCUGGACCCACACCUGGAUGCCGCGCCCCACAAAGCCUGAGCUGGACCUGGAAAGUACCCUGCCAGAGGCUACCAAGGACACGCCAGAGCUUGAGGAGGCUACCAAGGACCCAGGGACCCUGGAUACACUCCCGGAUCAAACACCUAAGGCAGAGACUGACCUUGGCUGGAACCUGCAGGCACAGGAUGCUGGGAAAAGGUUGUAACUACAGCAAUGAAAUGCCUCAAUGCUAUAAGCCCUGUCUCCUGGCCUGAGGAUUUCUGUGUUAUCCUGGAGGGCAUUAACAGAAUGCAUCUCUCCAGACUGGGGACUGAAAAGGCACGAACUCUCUCAAACCACUGUAAUCAUCCCAUGAGAAUGUCUGAUUCCCAUGACCAUCUAACUGAAGGUACCAGGCCACGCACGAUUUUUUUUUUUUUUUUGAUUUAUUGGAAGACCGUUGUAAGGGUCCUACUGAUGAUUGCUUCUGAACCAUAUCCUUGUGUAGGUCUAGUUGGGGUACCCCUGAUUCUCGUCUCUGUGGAAGUCCAGCUGGCCUCUCCCCCUGUGACAUCUAUACAGGACUGUGUCAGGGUGCCUUAGCUUUGAUCUUGAUGGGAUGCACUUCAAAUCAUCAUCACCACAGCCUCCUAAGGGAGACAUUCCUGGUCAGCUCUGGGGAUGAAGGCUCUGAUCCACUCUGAUCCACUGGUCCUUUGGACUCACCACAGUGGGGCUGGGGCCCCUAUCUUUGGAGUGCAAAACUGAUGUUACUAUUCUGAUUACGUGUCUUGCGCCCACAGCUAGUCUGUAAAUUUCAGCACCAG